UGUGUUUACGCCCAUCAUUUCUGCUCAAAUGUAAACCUUUAUAUCAGCAUAGAAAGAAUAAUAAUGUCUUUUUCUUGAGAUAUAUAGAAUUUAAACCACUUUAGCAUCUCUGAACCCUCUUGUUUUCAUUACAGGAUGAAGACACUUAAUUUGUAUGCCCUGUUACUUUGUUGGAGGACUAUUUGUUGUAAUCACUGUGAACUCUCUAAUGUCACAAUUGUGGUGGAGAAGGAAGAGUGUGGCUUCUGCAUCAGCGUGAAUGCGACUUGGUGUUCUGGCUAUUGUUUGACAAGGGAUCUCAAUGAUAAGCACCCCUUCAUAAAAAAUGUCCAGAAAGUCUGCACAUUCAAGGCAAUUGUGUAUGAGACUAUAAAGAUCCCAGGCUGUGCUGGUCAUACAGAAUCGCUUUAUUCCUACCCAGUGGCUACCGAAUGCCAUUGCGACACCUGCAAUACAGACAUCACUGACUGCACCAGUAGAGGCUUGGAGCCAAGUUACUGUUCCUAUGGUCAAAAGCAAAUCAGGGAGUGAAGAUUUCUUGUGUUUUUCUUAAUAUUUGUAAAAGCCAUAAUGGAGGUAAGCACCCGGAGCUCAUGUCAGUGAUGUAUACACAUUGCAUUUAUCUUCAAUAGCUUCAUUGUGGCAUUUGGAACAAAAAGGUUUCUCUAAUGUUCAACAGCUUAAUGCCUUUUAAAGCUCAGCUCCUGUAAGCUCCCAUCCUCCUCCAUCCCUCUUCCUCUCUUUCCUGUUUUGGACUUCUUUCUGGAACUUCAGUAUCUCUUUAUAAUGUGUUUUCUGAAGAAGCAGUGGAGUGUGAGUACCACAUUCAAUGUGAG